GUGUCAACAAAAUUGCAAAGAAGAGCAGAGUUCGUUUUAGACUUUAUUCUUUCAUUAAACACAUGAAAUUAAUAUUAUCUUAUUUUCAUCUUGGUAUUUAACCAAGUAGCAUAAUAAGCAAAAUGGCUCAAUGUGGGGAAUUCCUUAAAAGCCAAUUUCCAUUAAUAGACGAUGACCUAAAGAAAUAUGUUGAGGAUAUUUUGGAGAAUAGUGCCGGAGAGUUUGAAGACACAGAAGAAGUUUAUGAAGCAGUGGGAGAAGUAUUAUCAGAAAUAUCAGAAAAGUCUGAAGAAGAUAUAAGGGAAAUAUGUGAACAAUUAUUACACAUGCUCCAGCCAGACAAAAAGUGCAACAGAAAUGGACCACGGAAAGUUCUAGAUGCUCCCAUACACUUGGCAUCUAUGACAACAAAUGUUAAUGAAACUGAUGACCUUAAAAGUAUAUGGCUGCACACUAGAGAUGAUAAUUUGAAAGUAGACCAAAAGAAAUUAGAAAAAGCAGAAGCUAAGUUACAACAGAAGCAGCAAAAACAGAAGGAGGAGAAGGCACCAGUGGCCGCUCCGGUACUGCAGACUGCCACAGCAUCACAGGUCACCUCGAAAAAGGACAAUAAGCUUGAGGCUAAAGGCACUAACAGAACCCAAGAUAUUAGGAUAGAGAACUUUGAUAUAGCAUAUGGUGAUAGAGUACUUUUACAAGGCGCUGACUUAGUCCUAGCAUUUGGGAGGAGGUACGGCCUAGUCGGUAGAAACGGUCUAGGCAAAACAACUCUUCUACGGAUGAUAGCGGGCAACCAGUUGAAGAUACCCUCGCAUAUAUCCAUACUCCAUGUUGAACAAGAGGUCAUUGGAGAUGACACAGUGGCGCUGCAAAGUGUUCUGGAAUGCGACAUGAUUAGAGAAAACUUGCUAAAAAGAGAGAAAGAGAUCACCACAGCUAUUAAUAACGGUUCCCAAGACCAGUCCCUGUCCGCGGAGCUGUCAGAGGUGUACGCGCAGCUGGAGAACAUCGAGGCAGAUAAGGCUCCGGCGCGGGCUUCCAUCAUCCUGAGCGGGCUGGGCUUCACGCCGGAGAUGCAGACUCGACCCACCAAGACCUUCUCCGGAGGCUGGCGGAUGAGACUCGCGUUGGCCAGAGCGCUGUUUUCCAAACCAGACCUGUUACUAUUGGACGAGCCGACGAACAUGUUGGACAUCAAGGCAAUCAUUUGGUUAGAGAAUUACCUCCAGAACUGGCCCACCACGUUGUUGGUGGUCUCUCACGAUAGAAACUUCUUGGACACGGUGCCUACGGAUAUACUACAUUUACACACACAGAGGAUAGACACUUAUAGGGGAAACUACGAGCAGUUCCAUAAAACGAAGACGGAGAAGCACAAGAGCCAGCAGCGCGAGUGGGAGGCGCAGCAGCAGCACCGCGCGCACACGCAGGAGUUCAUCGACAAGUUCCGCUACAACGCCAAGCGGGCCUCCUCCGUGCAGAGCAAGAUCAAGAUGCUGGACAAGCUACCAGAAUUAAAGCCAGUAGAGAAAGAAAUAGAAGUAAUACUAAGGUUCCCGGACACGGAGCCUCUGUCGCCACCCAUUCUGCAGCUGAACGAGGUCGGCUAUUACUACUCCAAGGAGAAGGUCAUAUUUUCCAAUGUCAAUCUUGGUGCUACGUUAGAAUCCAGAAUAUGUAUUGUGGGUGACAACGGUGCGGGCAAAACGACGUUAUUAAAAAUUAUAAUGGGUAUCCUCUCGCCCACCAGUGGGGUGUGCAACGUACACCGUGGGUUAAAAUUUGGAUACUUUUCGCAACAUCACGUGGACCAAUUAGAAAUGGACGUCAACUCUAUAGAACUUUUGCAGAAAGCAUACCCAGGCAAGACGAGUGAAGAGUACAGAAGACAACUGGGCAGUUUCGGCGUGAGCGGCGACCUGGCGCUGCAGACGGUGGCGAGCCUCUCCGGCGGACAGAAGUCGCGGGUGGCCUUCGCGCGCAUGUGCAUGGCCUGCCCCAACUUCCUCGUGCUGGACGAGCCCACCAACCACUUGGACAUUGAGACCAUUGAGGCGUUGGGCAGGGCGAUAAACAAAUAUACGGGCGGUGUAAUACUAGUAUCUCACGAUGAGAGAUUAAUACGAAUGGUGUGUAAAGAACUAUGGAUCUGCGGCAAUGGCUCCGUCAACAGUAUAGAGGGUGGGUUCGACGAGUACCGGAGGAUAGUGGAAAAAGAACUGGAGACGCAGAAUAAGUAGACAAUUAUCCUAAUACAUGCAACACAGUUAGGUAUCGUCAUACAAAUCGAGGCUUAUUUUUGUAUGUAAGUCACAAAAAUUGUGAUAGAUUUACAUGAAUUGAUGUUUUGACGUCCUAAUUAGUAAGUCCGUGCGCAUC